CUUCGUGUACAGCACAUACUAUUUAUUACUACUCAUGUUCGUGCUUAGCUAGACAUUCUUGGUACUUCAGUUUUUGUUUUUUUUACAUUUUUCGAGACGGCAGAGGUUACUACAAUGCAUGAAUGUAUAGAAAGGCUCAGGGAGCUAAUCACUGUAGAACCUGUAGUUCUCCUCUUCAUGACAAGCACCUUCAUUCUGAAUCCAUCAUAUCAGCAACUUAUCCUUGCUAAGGUAUGCGACAGUCUGUAUGCUGGCAUGGAUAUUUGCAACAAUCCAAAUCAGUACAAGGAAGAUGAAGUCAUUCAAAAGCAGUCUUCCUACAUCAUGAUGAUGUUUACAGGAACAAUGAGUCUUGUGUCCAUCCCACCUGCCAUCUUGCUGGGGUCCUGGUCUGACAGGGCUGGCCGCAAGUUUGGCAUGAUUUUGCCUAAUGCACUGUCUCUGGUUUCUGGUGGCAUACUCAUUGCCAUGUCGCAGGUUAGAGGGAUGAAUGCCUACUGGUCCUUGGCGGCUGCUGUCAUAGUGGGCCUCUCAGGGGGUUACGUAUCUGUGUUCCUCAGCUGCUUCAGCUACCUGGCCGAUGUGUCGGACGCUGGCAGCCGCACCUUGAGGAUGGGAAUUGCCGAGUCAAUGAUCUUCAUUGGCGGAACCCUAGGCUUCUUCAUCAGCGGGUUCCUUCUGCAGGGGUUUGGUUUCACCCCUGCUUUUGGGGUGUACUGUGGCUGUCACAUCCUGGCCUUGCUUUACAUCCUCCUAUGGCUGCGCAACCCCGAACCACGAGGAAAAAGUGUUUGUCUACCACAGGCAUCUUCAGAGGUGGAGCACAGAGCAGAGGCUCCGCCCAAGCCAUCCCUCCUCAUGUACGCUAAGUUGACCUUCAGGGCGGUGGCCAAAAAGAGAGCAGGCCAGGAAAAGCUGAAGCUUCAUUUACUCAUCCUGUGUACCUUUCUGAACAACACUGUUGCUGUUGGGGAUCAAGCUAUCCUGCUGCUCUUUUUGAUGUAUGAACCCAGAGCGUUUACAACUGAACUGUAUGGGAUAUUCACUUCUGCACGGAUGAUGCUUUUGGGCAUUUUUCUUAUUGGCUUAUUCCCAUGGUUGUUGCGCUGUGUUGGAGAGAUAACACUAGCAAAAAUUAGUGCAAUUUUCCGGGGAGCUUCAUAUAUCCUUCUUGCUUUGUCCAUAAACACAUGGAUGGUGUUCCUAGUGGCUGUGCUGGGGGCUCCGAGUGGAAUCUGUCAGGCUGUGAUUCGCUCAUUGUGCUCUGCAGUUGUUGGGCCAGAAGAACAGGGGGCCAUGUUCUCCUUCAGCGCAUCAGUGGAAGCUCUGUGCAUCCUUACUGGGGCAAUCAUAUUCAAUGGCCUAUACCCCUUGACCCUGGCUACGUUUCCUGGAUUGCCUUUCAUCGUUAUGGCUGGAUUCACGGUCAUUGUGCUCAUUCUCCUACAGUGGGUCAGUGAAAUGCCAACCAUGCAACCACAUUUGAUCGCUCAAGACUAA